CAUGGGUCGUCGCUCAAUGUAGUUGGCUGGGUCCAUCGAGAGAAGAUUCCGAACGCGCUGUCCUUGAGGCAACAAAAAGGAGUCAAGGAUUGAAAAAAACAUCGUAAGGGUUUCCCUACCCCUUCUGACAUCAGAAAUAAGAGGAAAUUGCUCGAGCACGAACUUCAUUCUUCACAACAAAAUGCCGCCUUUUGCGAGAGCCAGCUGCAGCGCUUUUUCGUCGUCUUCGCAGGCUUUAGUUUCUCGACGCGCGUGCGGCGGUCUCUUCCGUAUCGGAGCAUCCUCAUCGAGUUCAUCUGGUUUCUCUCGAAAUAGGGAAUUCGGAAUUCUUUUAUCGAGGCCCACAUAUUUGGGUUUUGCCAGCGGACGAAAUCAAAGAACCUUGAUGACGGUGACUCGUGCCGCACAGCAGAAACUCUCGCCUGUCUUUGGCGGCACGCCGUGGGAUGGCUUCGGCGUACAUAAUCUUCCGUACGGAGUCUUUUCGACACCCGGAGGUAGCGGAGGACAAACACGAAUCGGAGUGGCGGUAGGAUCCAAGAUCUUGGACUGUUCCGUACUCGCAGAUCACGGUGUCCUUCCCUCAUGCCUCAAGUGUGCGACCCUGAACGACUUCAUGGCACAGCCGAAAAGCGUGUGGAACGAAGUGAGGACAACUUUGCAGGAAGUCGUCACAGAUUUCGAUCAAUUUUCGACGAAACACAAAAUCGACGGAGGCGUUUUAGUUGACCGCACUAUCGCUACGAUGCACUUGCCGUGUCAUAUCGGAGAUUACACGGAUUUCUACGCUUCUCGUGAGCACGCAACAAAUGUAGGAAUGAUGUUCCGAGAUCCGGCGAAGGCCCUGCUGCCAAAUUGGCUUCAUCUUCCGGUCGGCUAUCACGGACGCGCGAGCUCAGUGCUCGUCUCGCCUCAGUCUGUAGUGCGACCAAAAGGCCAGGCCGUCGCGAAAGACGCGCCGGAGGGUCCACCAUCCUUUGGCCCUUCAAAACUCGUAGAUUUCGAGCUAGAAGUGGGGGCAUUUGUCGGCGGGCCGCCAAUGCAGAUUGGAGAAACGCUCACUCUGCAAGAAGCGGAGGAUCGGCUUUUCGGGCUCGUCUUGUACUGUUUGCAUUUUCGUUUCUCCUAUGAUCUCUUGAGUCAUCGAUUAUCAUGUAGUAGGUAAUAAGAUGCCAUUUCAUCCAGUGGGCCCUUCGCCUCUUUUGCUUCGUGACAUCUUUGUCCUAUCCGGACUUACAGAUUGAAUGACUGGUCUGCGCGGGACUUGCAGAAGUGGGAAUAUGUGCCGUUGGGUCCUUUUACAGCCAAGAAUUUCGGCACCAUUAUCUCUCCUUGGGUGGUUCCUCUCGCUGCCCUAGAAAAAUUUCGGGUGCCGACUCCUGCACAAGUUGAUCCAGUCCCCUUACCAUACUUGCGACAAGCAGAGGGAACGAAAGGUAAGUAUUAUCUCUGUCGGAGCAGUAGACUACAAGAAAACACCUGUUUCUGCAAUUCUUACGUUAUAUUAAGGAACAAUAAAGAAGUUAAGGUCAGAAAGAUCAAAAGCUGGCCGUGUUCUACUGCUGCAUAAUUAAAUGUUUUUUUAAAGAAGAAGAGGCGUCGUCUGGCGUUUUUACAUGUAGCACUACAUGUCAUGUGAAAGAAGCGAUCGACCGAAGUCGAUCUGAACAUGGUUGGCCCUUGGGCGUUUUACAUUUACGGUUUCGUAUGUAAAAAUCCUGCUCCGAAGUUUACCCGAAAAUGGUUGGUGCUUGAGCGUUCUACAUACGGCUUCGUAUGUAAAAAUGCUCCUCACGCUCAUAGCCACAGGGCAACGCACGAAGGAUAGACAACUGCUCCUUUUGCAUUUGGUUUCGUAUGUGAAAGCGCUCGACUGGUGAAGUCGUGUUCCUUCUGCAUUCGAUUCCGUAUGUAAAACUGCUCCUCCGAAAAAGCAGGCGACACGAGAAGGGUGGCCGGUUGGCGGUUGGUGCUUUCACCUACGGUCUUGUAUGUAAAAAUGCGCCUCCGAAGGUGCCUCGAGAAGGGUUGCCCAUUGGUGCUUUUGCAUACAGUUCCGUAUGUGAAAAUGCUCCUACAUUCGAAGAAUGUGACGCGAGAAGCCUGAUUCCUUGGCUAUUUUUUUACAUACGGCUUCGUCCAUAGUCCUUACGUCGGAGUAGGCGACUCGAGAAGCGUGGACGGUUGCUGCUUUUACAUACGGUUUCGUACAUAAAAGCGCUCCUCCAGAGCCGAUGCGAGAGGAGAAGCGUGGUCGGCUGCUGGUUUCACAUACGGCUUCGUAUGUAAAAAGUGCUCCACCUCCGCAGGAGACGCAAGUAGGGUGGCCGGUUGGGGCUUUUACAUGUGGCCUCGUAUGUGAAAAUGCUUCUCCGAAGUAGGCGGCGCAUGAAGGGUGGUGGUCGGCUGGAGGAGCUUUUGCAUACGGUUUCGUAUGUAAGAAUUCUCUUCCCCCGAAGGCGACAAGAGUAGGGCGGUCGCUUGGUGCUUUUACAUGCAGUUUCGUAUGUAAAAACGCUGCUUAUCCGAGGGAAUGAGAAGGCGACGCGAAGAAGGGAUGGCCAGCUGCUUGCGCUUUUACAUCCGGUUUCGUACGAAAAAGCGCUCCUCCUCAGGCGACGCGAGAAGGGUGGUUGCUUGGGGCUUUUCGACAUGAUGAGGCUCGAAGUACUACAGAACGAAAAAACUAGAAGACGCGGCGUUUCUUGCGCAUUUAUAGGCUGCUAGCCUCGAAGGACAUAUCUGAGCGUCUCACAUCUAUCUUAGGUAAUGUCGAUCUCUCGUUGUCGGUCACCUUGGAAUCGGGAUCCAGCGGUCGGAAGAAGAAGGUUACUGAGAGCAAUCUCAAGUACAUGUACUGGUCGCUGGCUCAGCAGCUCUGCCACCACGCUUCUGGUGGCUGCAACAUGCAACCUGGCGAUUUGAUCGGAACAGGCACAAUAUCUGGUCCCGGAGCUGGAGAGCGAGGCUGCCUUCUGGAGAUAACAUGGGCUGGGCGAGAUGAAGUCGAUAUGGGAGGAGGGGAAACGCGCAAGUUUCUCCAAGACGGUGACACGUGCAUCAUUUCAGGGAUGGCCGCUUCCGACAGUGAAGAAGAGGGAGUCAGAAUAAAUUUCGGGGAGUGUGUAUCGAAAGUAUUGCCGGCAACGCACAAAUUUUUUUGAGAUUGCAUGCUAUUUUCCUUUCUCUACUUUCACAUUUUUAUCAAUCGCUUGCUCCACCAAUCGCAUCGUCUCUGAACGCAUGAUAACAUCCGCUUCUACGCUUAUCUACAAGCGCAAGUUGCAGUUUUAGUCGCCACUGUGCAGGCCCUGAAAGCGCACCUUGGAAAUAAGUAAAUGAUUCGCAAUCGCUUUAUUUGCUGGCUAUAUGAAUUUUUGAAUUUGAUGAAGGCGCUUUUCGUUUCUAUGUAUACUAUAAAGAUGGCGAGCUUUCGUGUGUAAGACUCGAGCAACGAGAAAAGCGAAGCACCGGAAGGAUGCAUUCAUUGGCAGCGCCUCCUUGGCUGUUAAAGUUUCUGAGUCCUAGAAGUAGUGCUCUUG